AAGGGGGAGGGAAGAAGGGAAGGAAUAAGACUUGUGAUUCAUACUGUGUGAGGUAUAACUUAAUCAGGUACUUUCUUAUAUUCCAAACUGUAUUACUGUCUUAUACGAUGCUGUUCAAUGAAUAUUUAUUUCUCACUACUUACAAACAGUGAGAAUUCGCUCAUAUUCAGUGUCAUUACUGUGACACUGAGAAAAUGGGAUUUGUGUGUGUCGUCUUGUCUUCUCACAAUGAAGUUUCUCUGUGCCAAACUUGUUACUAAAUGUCAUUUCACAAAAGGUAUUUGAAAAGGUGAACAUCUCUAUAUUUCAGCCCAAAUGUUCGCUGAUAGAAAAAGAGGAAUGUCAUGGAUAGGGCUAGAGAGGCUUCUUUGCUUUUCACUUGAAGCUCUAGAACAAAGAGCAACUCUUACUGGUCUGAGUGCCUUUAAUUGAUUACUUUAUCAUAUGUAUAGCGUUAUCUCUAAUGCUUACAUAAACAAAUCAUUUUUCAUUGCAGUCAUUUGUUGUUGUUUGCCUCUUUCACAAAUGUGAAUGGAAACUGAACUUCUUGUGCAUUCUUGUUUUGUAUUUAAAUGUCACUUAUGUUAGGAAACAACUGAUCUUUAAAAUAUCCAUGAUAGACUAUGCAUUAGUUUUUACAUACUUCUGGUAACUUGAACUUUAUGCAAAUUGCUGAAUUCAUGAAGCUGAUACUGUUUGAUUUAUUUAGAGUGAAUAAGCAAUGUUUAGGAAAAAGCUUGAAGGUUUAAAGUAAGAAAUGCAUAGAUGGUUGAAAGUGCUGCUAAAUAUCUAAAAAUGCCAAAGUAAUAAACAGAACAAAAAGUGGGAAUACUGCCAUGCAAACAGAUAGUUUGAUUUGAUGUCUUACAGCUGAAAAGAAACACUAUUUCACAUGAAUGUAUUUUCAGCAGUGGGAUAUGAAGGGAUAUUUGCCCCCGUUCUACUUAAGAAUAGAUUUCACUACCUGAUUUCUUCUUAUGAGGCUCCCACUUCAAAGUCAGAUGACCUUAGCACAGGCAGGCAGUAUUCCUGGCGUCACUGUAGUGCUGACAGAACUAGUAAGGAGAUAAUGCACAGUGGUGCAUGCUCAAAGCAUAAAUGCUGAAUGAACAAAUGCACCAAGUAAGGCUUUUGUGUUGGUUCAGAAACAGACGUAUUGAUAUUCUGUAAUACGGAUUUCAGGUGAAGAGUUUGGCCUGGAUGGAGUCCAGUACAAAGUAAAGUCAGUAAAUAAAAGAAGUUUAAAGAAAAGUAACUCUAUUAAUUAAACUUGUUUGGGAUCCGUGAAUUAGAAUUUCAUGUAUUUUUUUUCUUUAAUCACAUAAUAAGGCCCACGAAACUGCGAGAAUUCAGGCAGAAAUCAGAGGGUAUUAAGUCAGUCUUCACGGAGCUCCUGGGCACAAAGCCUAACAAUGUUCUGCUACAGAGAGAACAGUAGAAAAGUUAGAUGGUUGGGCUUCCUAUGCCAUUUUCAGUGAAAUGUGAAGAUGUGAAGCAGGAAAUGAAACUAAUUAAAGGAAGAUUAUUUUCAAGUGCUAGAUGGGAUGGUGGGAGUCAUCUGCCUUCCUAUCUGGUCAGUUAGUCAGCUUCUGGAUUAAAAAAUGAAGGCAAAACCAUUUGCUCUGCACCUGGAUUCUAUUUAACUUAGGUCCUCUGAGUGAAGCACUACUACAAGUCAACAAGAAAGAAUGCUGAAGCUAAGGAAUGAGGAAGAAAAGGCUUUUACCCACAUUGGAUGAAUGGCACGUUCUGUUUAAAGACUGGGACGUAGAAAAUAUAUUUACUUCUGUAUGACUCCACGAUAAUCUUCCAGAGAAUGAUGCUAUAAAGCAAGCUCAAAAUCCAUGAUCUUUGACUUGCUGUGGUCAACAGCAGUAACAAAAACUUCAUUCUGCUGCUAGCAACAUCUGUGAGAAGCCGUCAUUACCACACUUGGCAACAGGAUGUCCGUUCUUAAAGUCUUAUUUUUCAUUCUAUUGGUGGCUGGUGAUUCUCUGAGUCAAGAACCCAACUGCACUGCAGUUGAGGACUUUGGUGACUGCAGUGGUGAUAGUGACGGCUUCUGUCCUGCCAAAGUUCCUUGUCAAUGUAAAAAUGAAAAACCUUUUUGCAGAUGUGAUUACUACAGAGAGGGCUGGAUGGAGUAUUGGUACAUGGGCCCUAAAUGUAACCAGCUUUGGAACACACUGGAUUUAAUACUAGUAUCUGUUCUUCCUGCAGUAGCCCUGGUUUUCUUAGUUGUUGUAAUAUUUCAGUGUGUCUACUGCUGUAAAGGUAAAAAAGCUGGGAAGCAGACAAAUUCUCCGUACCAUGAAGUACACCACAACCCUACAUUUAGUCACGAACUGUCUGGUAACCUGGGAGCUGCUCAGCAGUCACCAAGGGUCACCUGGACUGGACAACUGCCGAAAGCUGUACUGAGAAGACAAGAUUUUGAAGAUCUCCCAGGCCCAAGUCACUUAGAUAAUUCUAGCCCCAGGUAUGCUCAGCCACUGAGGAGACCAGACUAUGUUUCCAGCCAGCAACCUCAGCAAUUCGACAGCUUUGUCUAUCCAGGCAGCAAUAGACCUUAUGGAGGUUAUGCAGAGGACAGGCAGUAUUCGAGAUACUAAUACCCCUUGAUCUGAAGUAUCUCAGAAUGCUGCAUGAUCAAUGAAUGAGCAAUCCAAACGUUGAGAGAUCAGUAAGGCCUUGUGUACCUGGAUGCAGAAAAAAUAGUAACUCGUAGAGAGCACUAAAAGUCAUUCGAAAAGAAGUAUAGAAGAUAAUUAUAAAACAAAACAUAAUUACAAAACUGUUAUCCAAUUUAUUUACUGUAUAAUUUAUGAAAGCUUAUCUUUUUCUGGAUACCUGAUUUAACAGUUAUUACAUACUUAAAUUGUUGCACAUCUAUCUGGACAGAGAUUUUUGUGAUUAACUAUGUUGUGUGCCUGACUGACAAGUGCCUGUUAGAAACAGCUGCCUUUUCUCAGAGGAAACUCAUAGGAAAGAAGAAAGUCUUCCCAAAAAUCCAGUAUAAGAGCUGAUGAAUACACGUGCUAAUUAUCAUUCUUCCUUCAUUGCUGUGGAUUUAAAUCUAUAUUAAAAAAGAAAGGAGAAGCUGCAUUUUUCCUUAUUCCUCAGGAAGGCUUGUCAAAGACAACCUCUGCCAAGUACAGUUUUUCCAUUUGGCUUUCCUGUUCAUUUGUGAUUUUUACUCCACUCUGUAUCGCUCACAAGCUAGUAAGCAAUGGUUCCUAAUACAGUGUUUUUAAAUAAGACCAUGUAUUUCUCUGACUGAAAUGUUGGAGAUUCUUUAGGGCAUUUUAGUGUGUAGAAUUUAUUGUUCCCUGAUAGGCAUUUGGUUUUCUUUUUUUUUUUUUUUUUUUUUUCUCCACCAAAAGAACCUGUAGUUAAGAAAGAAAAGCAACAGAUUUCAUACAAGCUUGAAUCUUUAUUAAAAUCUGCUCCAGAAUCCCAAAGAAUGAGGCAAAAGGGAAGGAAGGUUCUCUUGUCAGGUGUAGCCACCUAGUCCACUGAUACUAGCAGCACUGAAUGAGUGUAACCGAGGCACUUAGGUUCUCAUUUUCUCAAGAUGCAUCAAAUACUGAAAUACUGGCUAAUACAGCAGUGUGAGCCCUGCAGUCCCUUGUUUCUUUUUGUCUUAGUCACCUUGUUGAACCUAACAGCUCAGAUUUUUUUCUUUAAAAAUACAGUCUUUCUUUGUAACAUCUUUUGUGAAUAAUGAAAAUAAAUGAAGCUAUGGAAAAUUGA